AUGCUUAUCGGCUUAUGUGGAGGGAUCUGUGCGGGCAAGCAUGCCAUUGCCGAGUACUUGAUUCAACACCAAGGAUUUCAGCUCUUGGAGCUAACAAAUCAGCCGCACCAUCGUAUUACCGACGAGCCGGAUGAUGAUUUGCGGCUCCAAGCGUCGGAGAUCAAGAAGAAUGGAGAACAGGCGAAAUUUGGGUUUACCACCGCCGAUGCUCUCGUGGACUUUGUGACCAAAAGGUGGCAGGAACGUUGGGUGACUACGGACAUCGCGGACGGCCCCACCCUGGAUCGCUUUCUCCUGCGUCCUUUUUUCCUCCUCGUGAGUGUGGAUGCUCCAGUCAGCCUUCGCUGGAAGCGAUUCUCCGACAGAUGCUGGCGAAGACAGCUAGACCCGCCAGACCUCGAAAAAUUCGUCCUGUGGAACGAUCGUCAUCUUUACCAAAGAGACAUUGGGCGUGUCUACCUUACAGAUCGGGCCCAAGUGCGCCUCUUCAACUCUUCGUCAUCUCUUGACGAACUUCAUCAAUCGCUCCAGACACUGGAUUUAGCGGAUGAGCAGCGACUGCGACCAAACUGGGACCAAUAUUUCAUGCAGCUGGCGUCUCUUGCGGCACAGAGAAGCAACUGUAUGAAACGACGUGUGGGUUGCGUGGUUGUUCGAGAGCGGCGGGUCAUCAGCACGGGCUAUAACGGGACACCUCGACAUCUCCCCAACUGUAAUGAAGGUGGAUGUCCCCGGUGCAAUCGUGGUGAUGGCGGUGGAGUUGGCCUAUCCGCCUGCCUAUGCCUCCAUGCCGAAGAAAAUGCACUGCUAGAAGCCGGUCGAGAGCGUAUUCGAGAGGGUGCGAUUCUUUAUUGUGACACGUGCCCGUGCUUGACUUGUACCGUCAAGAUUACCCAGGUCGGCAUUUCAGAAGUAGUCUACUCUCAAAGCUACAAUAUGGACCAAGAGAGUGCUGCCAUUCUUGAAGCUGCCGGCGUGCGCUUACGACAAUUUAGCCCGCCGUCUAAGGGGCUCAUAUAUUUGCAACAGUCAAAUGAGCCAGCCGCUUCGUCGUGA